AUGAAGGAUCUGAAGACAGUUCCACCCUUAAGGAAAUUUGAUCAUCGCAUUCCGUUGAAGGAGGAAGCCAAGCCAGUUAAUGUUGCUCCCUACCGGAUAUUGAGUGGGCAUUUGAUCUCACAUGAUGGGGUCAAGGUGGAUGUAAGGAAGGUGGAAGCUAUGGUAGAAGGGCCCAAACUGAAGACUAUCACUGAAUUGAGGAGCUUUCUUGAGUUGAUGGGUUACUAUAGGAAUUUUGUCAAAGAUUAUGCUUCCAUUGCAAGACCACUCACCAACAUUCUCAAGAAAAAUAAUUUUGUUUGGAGGGAAGAGGUGGAGAAGGGUUUUGAAGAUUUGAAAAAAGUCAUGACAACUACACCCAUCCUUGCUAUACCUAAUUUUGAGAAGACAUUUGAACUACACACGGAUGCAAGUAAUGUGGGUGAAGGAGUUGUUUUGACACAAGAAGGGAGGCCACUAGUUUUCAUUAGCAAGACCCUUGGCAUUUAA